AUGGCUCCCUUCACGGCGCAGAUCGUCGACGGUCGCAAAACAUUUAUUCCCCUUGAGAACAACCCAGACGUACUGGCCCAUCUCUGCGAGAACCUCGGGGUCGUGCCCGGCCUCAGCUUCCACGAUGUCCUCUCGGUAUCCCCCGACAUGCUCGCCUGGGUUCCGCGUCCCAUCCAUGCGCUCGUUCUCCUCGCCGAUAGACCCAUCUACAACGCAGCCCGGUCACACGUCGAACAGAUGAUCCCGGUAUAUCACGGCUCGGGGCCAGAUGAGCCGGUGAUUUGGAUGAAGCAGACGAUCGGCCAUGCCUGUGGGUUGAUGGCGCUGCUGCAUUGCCUUUUGAACUAUGAGGGUGGGAAGUAUAUUGCGGCGGAGUCGGAGCUGGAUCGGCUAAGGAAGCAGGCGAUCACACUGGGACCGGACGAAAGGGCCGAUUUGUUGUACAAAUCGGAAUUUUUGGAAAAUGCGCAUAUGGAGGCGGCAUCGAGAGGGUCUUCGAGUGCGCCUUCACCUGCGGAUGAUAACUACCAUCAUUUUAUCGGGUUUGUGCAGAAGGACGGGCAAGUGUGGGAGUUAAAUGGGGGGCUGAAUGGGCCUCUGCUACGCGGGAGUCUAAAAGAGGGUGAUCUCUUGAGUAAAAAGGGGCUGGCGCUGACGGUGCAGGACUUCCUUGAUGCUGCGGCCAAGGGCGGCCAUGGGGAGAUGAGCAUCGUGGCAGUGGCGGAGGAGGAUGCCCAGCUACUCUAG